AUGCCUUUUGCAACCAGCGUAUUGCAUUCAAGGCAGUUCACCUUCCUGAUCGGCGUCGACCAAACCCCGAUCAUUGUCCACUCGGGUGCUAUUGCGGCACUGUCAGAGCCUCUAGACCGCCUAUUGAACGGUCCCUUCCAGGAAGCUCAGAGCAACCAGGCAUGUUUCGAGUAUAUCGAGGUUGAGGAUUUCGAGAAGAUCUGCGCCGUCGCGUAUGGCGCCGCCCUACCCGUUCCAGAAAUCCGUACGCUCCCGCCAAAUGCAGUCAACAUCAGGGAAGACUACUGGGUGUUGAGCCCACGCAUCGUAGGGCCCGACAGCCUGACUGCUCGCAACAAUAAGCUGACCGCUCAUGUUUUGUGCGCAACUCUAGGUGAUCUCAACAACCUGCCAGGCAUCCCGGAUAGGAAGGAUUCACAGGCCCUGUACGAGAACACGGUCGACGACUUUCACCGCUGCGGCCUCCUCAACAUCGACGACGACGAAACGCAACGACUGCCAGCCGUGGGCGGCACAGCCGGCGGCACAGUCCCCCCGCGCAACCCUACGUGGAACCAGGACGUGUCCAGCGCACUCCUAGGCUACGCGCGCAUCUACCUCUUCUCCGACGAGCACCUCAUCACGCAGCUGCAGAAAGACGCCGAAGCCGGCCUCCGUGGCUUCCUGGCGCGUCUGGACAUCUACCCGCCCACGCGCGCCGCCAUCGUGGAGCUCAUCCAGUACGUCUACGACGGCGAGAUUGUGCCGGAUCGCGCGGAUGGCGAGGCCAUGCAUCCGCUGCGCGAGAUGGUGGUGAAGUUCAUGGCGCUGCAUUUGUCUGCGUUUGGCGGUUUCGCUCCGCACACGGAGUUGGUCAGGCGCGGCGGGGACUAUGCUGUUGAUCUGCAUGAAGUCACCGUGGAGUGGCUGCUAUGA